AUGGCUGUUAGUAUGACACUUAAUCAGCUUUAUGCCCCGUCGUCUUCGGCCUCGAAUGUUGGUGCUGUGCUUACAAAAGAUCGCACACAUGCGUCACAUCCGCUUCAACACAUGGAUCGAAUAUACCAAAUGCCUUUUCCAAACCAGUAUACAUUGCAAUAUCCGUCAUCUUCGUCUACUAUGCACUUUCACUCACUUUCAAAGUCGGGACUAAGUAUUUCGGACGAUUAUGCUGCUGAUCCACUACCAUUUGAAUACAGUCGGAAGUUCUCACCUUCACAUCGUGAUGACGUCACUACGGGGUUACGUGGAUCCGUUUCUAAUGCUACAUCAAGUGCUUUGAUGCAUUUUGAUUCAUAUGGAACGCAUUCAAUCUAUACACAACCGACAGCUACGCAACGACUUAAUUCGUAUAGUCAAUCGCAUUAUCCGGAAUCAAGAGGCUAUCACUCUUCUGAGAUAACUGCGCAGUCUUCAUUUCCACGAACUCCAAUGUAUCAUCCAAUGGCAUCACUCUCGAAUCAUUUACCGUCACAUUCGAUGAAUACGAAGAAGGAAGUUGACGUCUACACUUCUCCUCAAACGUCAGUGUAUGGAGAUACCCAAAAUUCCGUAGGGACUGUUCAAGAAGCCAUGAUUAAAGUCAAGACACCACUUAAACUCAAGUAUUGGCGUAAUGGACGGCGGAACUUACAGUGUUUUCCAAGCUGUAAAGUGUUUGGAGACUAUUCGGCGAUUAAGAUUGAAGAUCUGAAACAACAUGAUUUUAUGUGGGGCAAGUGUCGUGGUAGUUUAGUUACUGAAGUCACGCUUAAUAGCAACAUGACGUUUGAUGAUCUCAUUCUACUCGGACGCGUGCAUUCGCUUGAGAAUAUUCCAAUAGCUUUUGAAGAAGCUGUGAUUCGGGAAUGCAUGUUAGGACGAACAGUCGAGUCUGAAGAGAUUGAAAUGAUGAAAGAUCAAUGGAUUACUGGAGAACGAUUUCCAAACUUUGUACAGCAAGAAGGAAACGUUGCAUGUUUUGAAUUUAAGCCGAAAGUUUGGAAAUACAAUGAAGAUAUGGCUCAAGGCAAGUGUAAACGACGCAAUGUCAAGUAUUAUGUUCAAUUUGAAGCUUUUGUUCAGAUGGUUAGUGGUGAUCGACGCUACUACGCAUGUAUUGGUUCGGGUAUGUCUACAUCUUUUGAAGUUGGUUCAAGCCGAGUUCUCGCUCGUCAGAAACGAAAAGCUGCUUUUUGUGGAUCAGACGAGACCAAAGACAUUCCAGAAUCUGAAAUGACGUCCAUUCAAUGUGGACAGUCGCAAUCAAUGAUGACGCAUAAUGCGAAUCCUCUCAUUUCGAAUGUUAUGGCGACUCAUCCUAUGUACUCACAUCAGUCGACAUUUCACCACGACAAUCCAUCUCGAGGGUUGCCACUGACGUUUCCUCACCCACAAAUAACGAUGAAUUCCAUGCCUCAAAUGUCGUCUGAAAUCCAGUAUUCAUUGCCACAGCAACAAGUGAAUGCGUCGCAAUCAUUAAUUGGGAUCAAACGCAAAAUGAACAGUGAACGACCAGCUUUUCCAACGGAACAUUCGGUCAAGAUGUUUAAGACCGCAAGUGGCAUUCCCCAAUCAGUGCCAAUUUAA